AUGGUUCUCUCCUUCAUCCUCGUCCAGAAUCGCCAGGGCAAAACCCGCCUCGCCAAAUGGUAUGCUCCUUACACGGAUGAAGAGAAGGUCAAGUUGAAGGGCGAGGUCCACCGUCUCAUUGCGCCUCGAGACCAGAAAUACCAAUCCAACUUUGUUGAGUUCCGAUCGGCGCCCAGCUCGUCGGCCUCGACCUCGCAUCACGCCCAACCGCUGGUCCGCCAGAACCUGUCCUCUACUAAGAUUGUCUAUCGGCGAUACGCCGGCCUGUUCUUCUGCGUCUGCGUUGAUGCCAACGACAACGAGCUCGCCUAUCUCGAGGCCAUCCAUUUCUUCGUCGAAGUCCUUGACCAGUUCUUCGGCAAUGUAUGCGAGUUGGACCUCGUCUUCAACUUCUACAAGGUCUACGCCAUCCUGGACGAGGUCUUCUUGGCCGGAGAGAUUGAAGAGACGAGCAAGCAGGUUGUCUUGACGAGGUUGGAGCACCUGGAUAAAUUGGAGUGA